GUAAACAAUUGUGGCCAAACGAUUUUUAAGAGCUUGGACAUGAUGAAACAAUUAAAUUAAGGGGCUUGUUUAGCUACUACUUUUGCGACUUUGCGUUGGUAGCAGUGAGUUUUAUCGUGUGUCAGAAGACAGGUAUUUUUCUCAUUUGCGCCGUAAAAGAAGUGUUGUUGCUGUUAAAACUUGAAAAUCGAAAUGAGUCGCGACGAGUCCUUCGUUGCUGUGAAGAACACUGCAGAAUCCACAGUUCCAUCAAUCGGGUCCGAUGAUGAAGAUUCUUUCGUCGUUUUGGAGACUUCAAAUUCCAUCAGUGAAAGUCUGGCUUGUAGCCCCCCUAGAGACGAGAUUUUAGCCCCAAUUAGGACAAAUAAAGUACACGAAAUGGAAAAUUUAAUCAAGAUGAAAAUAUCGCAAAUCAACGUUGACCCAUUGCCUGAAUUACCAGCAGCUGUUGAUGCAAUUGUACCCUCAGUUGCAAAUAUUGCAAUAUCGCCGGAUUCGUCAUACGAAGAGAUUCAGAAGCAAGUGGAAGAAUUAAUUAAGGAAAAUGAAAAGUUGAAGAAUAUUAUUGCACAAAAUAAUAUCAGCAUGAAGACACAGUAUACUAGGUUUUUGGCCUACAAGGAUGAGGUCACCAAUGUGAUGAAGUCUUACAAAGACAAGUUUAACGAGGCCAAAAUGUGCAUAGAUAAGUGUAAAGAAGAGAAUACGAAACUGGUUAGUGACGUCGAAGUUUAUAUCAAUCUGAAAAAACUUCAUGAAGAAGAAAUUUUGAAUUUAAAACUGAAGAUUAAGGAAUUGGAAAGUUUGACAAACGGGCCAAAUUUACAACUUGUUGACACAGGAAAAGUAGCAAUGAUGAAAGAAUUAGAAUUGAAGCAGGAAGAAAUUGAAAGACUGACGCAAAAAUUGGAAAAAGUACCGAAAUAUGAAGAGGAAUUACAAAUCAAGCAGCAACAAAUUGACGACUUUAAAUUGGACGUCCUCGCUGCGAAAAAUCGCGAAAGCGACUUAAUUGACGAAAUUCAAUCACUGAAGAUUACAACCACACACCUCCAAUCAAAAUUGGACAAUGUACCAAAAGAAAAGGAGAAACUCGUGCAAUCAGCAACCUUUGUUCAAACCUACGAACAACUCCUCAAAUUAAAAGAAACCGAGAUUCUGAAACUGAAGGAAGAACAACAAAGAACCGCUUUUGUCGAAUCCACCCUCAGUGACGAAAUUAAGAACUUAAAAUCGCAACUGAAGGAACUUCAAGACAAGUACAACCCGCGUUUAUCUGAAGAUUACAUCCAUUCACGGGCCCAAUUGAGCGUUGCCCAAAGGACGAUCACAGCAUUAGAACAGGAAAGAGAACAGAAGAUUAAAGAAAUGGAAGAUAUGCGUAAACUUCUUCAAGACAAUGCCAGUGCAAACGACGAAAUGUUCGCAUUGAAGGAACAAAUCGAGCAGUAUAAGAAUGACUUUGAAGCAGAGAAGAAGAGCAAACUUGCGAUGAAACAAGAGAAGGAUCAGAUCGCUGAAGAUUUGCAGAAUUUGCAAACGAGAAAUAAACAGUUGCAGAAUGAGGUCGAGAGGUUGAGAGCGAGGAAUGAGCCGCCGAGGGCUGAGGGGUACCAAUGCCCCAAAUGCUCCUUUGGGUUCAGCAAUUAUCAAUCGCUGGAAAAUCAUGUUCAUAGGUGCCUAGAUUUAGACGGUUUUCCCUAAAUAUAUUCUCUGACUAGUAUUUGUUAUCGUUCUUACACAAAUAUUUAAAGGAAUUAAGAUUAACAAGGCCAUCAUAAUUAGGAAAUGUGUUAUUUUGAUUAGUUUAUUUUUCUUCAUUUACAACAAUAAAAACGAGUUAAUUAA